AUGUCGAGCGUUCAAGUCCAGACCUCCGUCCUGCACGGCGCCAAGGACCUCAAGAUUGAAGAGAGAGCUUUGCCCGCUCUUGCGCCUGGCGAAAUCCAGGUCGCCGUCAAGGCCACUGGACUCUGCGGUUCCGACCUGCACUACUACAACCACUUCCGCAAUGGAGACAUCCUCGUCAAGGAGCCCCUGACCCUCGGCCACGAAUCCAGCGGCGUCGUCACUGCUGUUGCCCCAGACGUGACGAACCUUGCCGUGGGAGACCACGUCGCCCUCGAGGUCGGCCAGCCCUGCGAAGCUUGCGAUCUUUGCGCUGCUGGCAGGUAUAACAUCUGCAAAGGCAUGAAGUUCCGCAGCUCUGCGAAGGCUUUCCCCCACGCCCAGGGAACCCUCCAGGAACUCGUCAACCACCCCGCCAAAUGGUGCCACAAGCUCCCGCAAGAGGUCUCCCUCGAAUUCGGCGCCCUCGCCGAGCCCCUCUCCGUCGCAAUGCACGCCAGGGAUCGCGGAAACGUCCCCAGCGGCUCGACCGUCCUCGUCUUCGGCGCCGGCGCCGUCGGUCUGCUCUGCGCCGCCGUCAGCAAGUCCGACCAGCAAAAGGUUGUCAUUGCCGAUAUCCAAGAAGACCGCGUCAAGUUUGCCCUUGACAACGGCUUCGCCGAUGCCGGUGUCGUAGUGCCUGCGAAGCGCCCUCAGACGAUCGAGGACAAGCUGGCCUACGCCCAAGACGUGGCAGAGCUGGUCAAGGCCGCCAAGAUUGACGGCCAGGAGGUUGGCGAGGUGAACGCGACUUACGAGUGCACGGGUGUCGAGACCUGCAUGCAAACUUCCAUCUACGCCACUCGACCCGGUGGAAAGAUCCUCAUCAUCGGCAUGGGAACCCCGAUCCAGACUCUCCCCAUUUCCGCCGCGGCUUUGCGCGAAGUCGACUUUGUCGGUGUUUUCCGCUACGCCAACACAUACCCCAAGGCCAUCAACCUGAUUGCGACGAAGCCCAAGGGCCUGCCAGCGCUAGAGAAGCUCUUCACGCAUCGUUACAAGGGUCUGAGCACGAUCAAGGAUGCGUUUGAUAUGGCGGCCAAGGUGAAGGAUGAGAGUGGAAACCUGGUGUUGAAGGUUCUUGUGGAUACCUCGAAUUAG